AUGCCUCCCAAAAAAGCAGCCGAAGAGGUGAAAAACAAUGUCGCGGCUUUCGGGCGUGUGAGGAAGAACCUCAAGAUGGGAUCUGUGGGCUUGCCGAAUGUGGGAAAGAGUUCUCUGUUCAAUUUGUUGACCGAGAAGACGAACCCGGCGGAGAACUAUCCUUUCUGUACUAUUGAUCCUGAUGAGGCGAGGUGUGCGGUGCCGGAUGAGAGAUAUGACUUCCUCUGCGAUCUCUGGAAACCACCCUCCAUGUACCCAGCUUACCUGCAAGUUACCGACAUCGCAGGCCUCAUCCGAGGAGCGCACAAAGGCGAAGGAUUGGGCAACGCAUUCUUAUCACACAUCCAAGCUGUGGAUGGAAUGUAUCACAUUGUUCGAGCCUUCGCCAAUGACGAGGUUCUGCAUGUGGAUGAUAGCAUUGACCCUGUCAGGGACUUGAACACGAUUCAGAGCGAGCUUUGCAAGAAGGAUUUAGACAUUUUGGCGAAGACGGUCAUUGCUGAAGAAGCCGUUGUGAGGAAAGCGGGUGGAAAGUUUAAGAUGAACCCGCUGUUUCCUAGUACUAUGCUCGAGAAAGACCAACCAGUCCGGGACGGAACAUGGACUAGCGGAGAAAUCGAACUUAUCAACGAGAAGAUGCAACUCAUAACCACCAAGCCAACAAUCUACCUGGUAAACCUCACAAUGAAAGACUACCUCCGUCAAAAAAGCAAAUACCUCCCACCCAUCGCUAAAUGGGUCACGGAGCAUGGAGGACUUCCCAGAGAUAUCGUCCCCUUCUCUAUCGAAUUUGAGGAGAAGGUUCACAAGAUGAGGGACGAGCCUGCGAAACUCGAGGAGUUUUUUAAGGAGAGUAAGAAAAGUCGCUUUGAAAAGAUUGUGACGGAAGGGUUCACGAAGUUGGGAUUGCAGUAUUACUUUACUGCUGGUGAGAAGGAGAUUAGAUGUUGGACCAUUCAAAAAGGCUGUCUGGCACCGCAGGCUGCUGGGGUGAUUCACAACGAUUUUGAGAAAGGUUUCAUCAAGGCGGAAGUUGUUGCUUAUGCUGAUUUCAAGUCUUUAUGUGAAGGAGGGAAGAGUAUGGCGCCGUUCAAGGCAGUUGGGAAGUAUCGACAGGAGGGAAAGACUUAUGUUGUUCAAGAUGGGGAUAUUAUCCAUUUUCAGUUCAAUGUCGCCCCAAAGAAAUAG